CAGUUCCGCAAAGUCCACCAUUUUCGUCUGCAACUCAUCUUUCAUUGGUACUUUGGCGUGGCCUUCAACAGCUGGAAUGCAGGGAGAAAUUCAACAGACAAUGCAUGUUUUUUCAAGUGUGUGUGAGAGAAGGGAGGUUGCCUCUUCAAGGACUAGUACCUGCCAACUACAGUUUCUGAGCUUCUAAUACAUUAUUGCUGUAAUGGCUCUGCCUUCUCCAGAUCCACAGUAUGUUCUGCGGGGAACAACUGAUGCAGUCAACGCUCUGUGCUUUCAUUGUUCAGAUCCAGAACCGGAAGUUCCCAUUCUUUUCUCUGGAUCUUCUAAUGGGCUGGUCCAUAUCUGGAAUCUGAAAACACACAGGGUGGAUAGGACACUGGAUGGGCAUGGCGGGAAGUCAGUGUACUGGGUGAAAACUUUACGCAACAGAAAAAAUGCACUUCUUAGCCAGGGCCGUGACCAAAACAUCUGCCUGUGGGACUUGGCCGAAGGAAGGAGUGUUGUCACAGAUUCUGUUUCCACGGAGAAUAUUGGGUUCUGCAAAUGCUCACUCUUGGAGGUUGAAGAGAGACGGUGGCUACUAGCCAUGCCAUGGAAAGGCCUGGAAGAGGUUCGGGUUUUGGAGCUGCCAUCCAAGAUUUCAGUCUGUACCUUGAAGCCAGAGGCCGAUGCCAAGUUGGGCAUGCCCAUGUGUCUGAAGAUGUGGCAGCCCAAGGUCAGUUCGCAUCCUUCCCUUCUGGUCGGCUAUGAGGAUGGAUCAGUGGUUCUGUGGAAUUUGUCAAUGGGGAGAAUGCAGAGCCGGCUCGCAUGUCAUCAGGAGCCAAUCAUGGGCCUUGACUUUGACUCUGAGAAGGCCAAGGGGGUCUCGGCCUCGUCUGAGAAGAUGCUUUGCUGCUGGAGAUGCAAUGAGCAGCAGAGCCUGGAGCUCCAACAAACAUAUGAACUCACCAAUCCCGGGAUCGCCGAGGUGACCCUCCGCCAAGACAAGAAAAUCCUGGCGACUGCCGGCUGGGAUCACCGCAUCCGCCUCUUUGGCUGGAAGAAGAUGAAGCCUUUGGCCGUCCUGGACUACCACACGGCAGCAGUCCACUGCGUAGCCUUUUCGGACCACAGCCAGCCCCAAAAGAGACUGAUGGCAGCUGGCUCCAAAGAUCACCGCAUCAGCGUCUGGUCGAUAUAUAAUCAAACGUGAAACAGGGUUGGAGCUGAAGAAGGAAGACAGGGCAGAAAUUUGCAAUUUAGAGUUAAAAGGCAAGUCAGGGCAAGGCAAGGCGAGACGGAGAGUAGAGGUACUAUCUCACCAGGACUUCAGGACACACAAUCCCACUUAGCAGAAGGAGGCAACAGGGUUGCUUUCAGGGGGGAU